AGCAUGGCUGCCAAAUCUCCUCAACAAAUUGACAUUUCUCAAUUACCUAUACAACAACUCAAUCAACUUGCUCAACAAGUAGAACAGGAAUUAGAAUUCUUUCAGACAUCAUUAACUCAACUGAAAAUUGCCCAGGGCAAGUUUGUGGAAUCUCAGGAAUGUAUGAAUAAAGUUACUAAAGAAAAUGUGGACAAAGAAAUUUUAGUUCCAUUAACAAGCUCUAUGUAUGUACCAGGUCAGUUGAGUAAUGCUGAUAAUGUGUUAAUAGAAAUAGGAACUGGUUAUUAUAUUGAAAUGUCUGUAGACAAAGGCAAAGAUUACUUUAAAAGAAAAGUGGAAUAUAUUUCAAAACAAAUGGAGAAAAUACAACCAAUAUUACAGGAGAAAUAUAAAGCUAAACAAGCCAUAGUAGAAAUAUUACAGUUAAAAGUUCAAGCUCAGAUAGCAGCCCAAGGUCAAUCACCACCAGCAAAAGCCUAAUGUCUUAUUUAUUUAUUUCAUAUUGUUUUCUAGUGUUAGCUUUUUUCAAUAAAUAAUAUCAUUCACCUUUAA